UUUUGAGUUUGGCAGAUCAGCUCUAGCCUGGUAAUACCAAACUCUGCUACUUCGCUUUGCUUCGUAGACAGAGUCUGGAAGGGCAUAAUUGACAUGCGUUUACUUUCUCGUGGGCGGGCGCUUGUCUGAAGUUUAAAAUCAUUGGUGUGCCCAUAAGCCAAUCACAUAACGUUUGGUUAUGAUGUAUGUUAUGCGCCGGCUCAGCCGCCUCGAACUUCCGCUGUAAACACAGGUAUGCGGCGAAAACAAAACCAUCGAGUGAAAUACCGGAGUGAAGAUGACUUUUGCAGAUUAUGUGAAGUAAAUCUACGCAUCCACAAUUAUCGCCUUGCCGGACUUUGGCCUCCCCAGUUUCUCGCUGACGAUCGGUAACAGUUGAUAAAUUAAACUUUUCCUAAAACCUGUCGGGAGUAGGGCCACAACAUCACCUCCACUCAAAAUGUGAACCAAACACGCUUCUUGUUCGGGCUUCAGUUGGCAAACGCCGGAAAUAUUCUCCAAAACAGAGCAAAUAGCAUCCCGUAUCUCCAUGUCCGCUGUCGUUUUAGAUUUCCCUCACCUAAACCUAAACUACAAUCUUAAAUUCGGCGCUUAGCGUCUAUGUCACGGCUCUCAGCCCGCCCUCUGUUCGCUGGUUGGACCGGCUGCUGCGGAGCCGGAGAUAAUGUGGGAGAUGUUCUGCUAUAUCAGACUGAGUACAGAAGCGAACUGAAAUUGAGCAGAAGUACGAAGUCUGACGUAGUCAGGUUAGAUCAGCUCCUCCCACACUGGAAUUCAUCACCAGUGAAGCUCCUCCCACACUGGAACUCAUCAUCAGUGAAGCUCCUCCCACUGCAGUUCAGCAAUAAAUGCUGGAAGAUUCCCAUCAGUUCAGAAGUGAAGACGAGCGUCAGAGCAUCAGGAAGAGCUGAAAUCUGAUCAAAGACUGAGUUUAUUAAAGAGGACAGAGAGAAGAUGAGAGAUCCAGAGCCCUGCAGAAUCAAACACACUGAAGAUACUGAACAACAAACAGACCUGAUGGAAGAGAGCGAGGAGAGUGAAGAACUGAGUGAAGUGGAGGAGGAGCAUCAUGUCAAACCUGGAGAAAAACACUUGAGACGCUCAAAGACUAAAAAUACAUUUUUAAAGAAAAGAAGAGCCAAUAAAUAUAUCACCUGCACUCAGUGCGAGAAGAGUUUCACAAACAAACAAAGUCUUGAGCGUCACAUGAGUGUUCACACUGGAGAGAAGCCGUUCACAUGUGAUCAGUGCUGGAAGAGUUUCACACAAUCAGCAAGCCUUAAAGUACACAUGAGGAUUCACACCGGAGAGAAGCCGUUUGCAUGUGAUGUAUGUGAAAAGAGAUUCAAACACAAAAGUACUCUUGAGUUUCACAUGAUGAUCCACACCGGAGUGAAGCCAUUCAUGUGCGAUCAGUGUGAAAAGAGCUUCACACACAAAAAUAAUCUUGAGCGUCACAUGAGUGUUCACACCGGAGUAAAGCCGUUCACAUGUGACCAAUGUGGAAAGAGCUUCACGCAAUUAGCAUCCCUUAAUGGACACAUGAGUAUCCACACCGGAGAAAAGCCACACACGUGUGAUCAGUGCGGGAAGAGUUUCACAAACAAACAUAGUCUUGUGCGUCACAUGAGGAUCCACACCGGAGAGAAGCCAUUCAAGUGUGAUCAAUGCGGCAAAACAUUUCUUCGGUCAUCAGCUCUGAAGGAACACCUGACAGUUCAUACGAAGGAGAAGCCACAUUCCUGUUCUGAAUGUGGAAAGAGUUUUUCACUGCUGCAAAGUUUACGUAAACAUGAGAAAAUACAUACCGGUGUGAGAGAGUACUUGUGCUUUGAGUGUUGGAAGACUUUUACUACAGCGAGACAGUUAAAACUUCACCAGAGAGUUCACACUGGAGAGAAACCUCACAAGUGCUCACACUGUGACAAGACAUUCAGUCAGUCAGGAUCUCUGAAAGCACAUGAGAAGAUCCACACUGGAGAGAAACCUUACAAGUGUUCACACUGUGACAAGAGAUUCAGUCAGUCAUCAAAUCUGAAAACACAUGAGAAGAUCCACAGCAGAGAGAAGCCGCACACGUGUGAUCAGUGCGGGAAGAGUUUCGCUUUUAAAAGUCGUCUGAAGCUACACAUGAAGAUCCAUACAGUGGAGUAACCACAUCACUGCUAGCUAUUUAGGGAAAGAAAAUGUUAUGAAUCAUCCUGGAAGAGGACGUGUGUCUAUAUCGUCCUAAUGUACGGUGAGGAGCAGCGUUUGAGUGGCCAAAGACUAGGUGUCACAAGGUAAGCUUGGUGACAGACAAGAAAUUACACGGACUUGAUACACAUGCACACAUCAUUACUUGAUUAUGCCGGCAUUUAUCAUCUUUUAAAUCAUCAUGGUGUUGUGUAAUUGUUUUGCCUGUUUCAAAUGAGUAUGAUACUAUGUUGCUCUUGUUUGUUUGUUUUUGGCCAACAUUUUGUUCAAUCAUUUUUUUUAAUUUUUUUUUUAAAGAAUGUUACAACACCUUUAUUUCUGGUGAGAAUUUCCCCCAAACCUUUGUGUUUUGGCUGUUGGCCUUCCAGUCUCAUGCUGCACCAUCAACCAGACCAUGUGGAUCAAACUGGUUUUUAUAGCAUUAGCAUGCCCCUUAUUGGACUCAACCAUUGGUAGUUUUGUCUGGGGGAAUAGCAGCUGAACGUUUCUUUACUUUUCUUUUACUUUUUCAUUUUUAUAUGGUGUGUUUAAGUACCCAUGGGUCUACACAGAUUGUUAUUUUUGUAUAAUGUAUUGUAUGUAUGGACCCUUUUUGUUCAUUUGGUACAGUCUGAAGAGGGAGCUAGCCCUUAUAAAUAAGGAGCUUUAGUGCUUAAGAAGUGAGUCUUAUUGUUGAAAGCCAGAGAGACCCUGUUGCAAAUUGGACCAAAGUAUUUGGUGUAGCCUUUCUUUGCGCAUUGUUGCAGUUUUGUUUUGUACAGUUUUUUUUUUUUUUUUGUAUUCCAGUAUGUGACUAUGUAAUUUUUCCCCCCACCUCACUGUAAUAAACCACAUUUUUGGGAUCCACCAAAACCUCUGACCAGCUUGAUUGUAAUUAUUCCCUCUGACCACUGGGCCACCUCUUACACUAGGGUGACCAGAUUUCUCAUGGUUCAAUACGGGAUGGGUGGGGGCUGAUACAUGACCACGAUAUGAGAAAUUUUCUACACACACAGGUACAUUAGUUUUUUUUUUUUUGUAUAAAAAUUAAGAAGCAAUUUAAAAAACAUCAGACAAAUACAAUAGAUACAAAUUAAAUAUUAAAUAAACUAGUUUUUCUAAUAGAGUAGGUUUAACGUAUACAUUUAUUUAACAUCUUUUGUUGUUUGAUUAACAUUAAUGAGACAGAUAGAUAUUUAAUUAGGCUGCCCUUUAAGACCGAAUGAAUGUAAUAUACUGACACAUAUCUGGUUUUUGCCCAAAUGUUUACAUUCACUUAAGCCAUAACCGACUGUAUUUACGUGACGUAUCCCGUCUUCACUUACUCCAAGUAAAUCGAUAACGAAUUGUGAUUGGAUGGUAAUUUUGUUCUAUAACGAGCUUGGCUACCUUUGAUUAGGCUGUUCUCACGUGACAGAACACUACUACUACUCGCUCUGAUCACCCAGUCAUAAAGAAAUCUUGAAAUACGGGACAAAACAUGAUUUUUUUUUCAAAAUAAGUCGGGACACUAAAAAGAGAGCUGAAAUACAGGACUGUCCUGGUAAAAAUGGGACGUCUGGUCACCCUACCAAAGACUCUCCAAAGAUCACAGCUGGAGAAUUGCAGAAAAUAGUUCAGUCUCGGGGUCAGAAAACCUUAAAAAAAUUAUCAAACAGCACCUCCAUCACCACAUGUUGUUUGGGAGGGUUUCAAGACGGGGAAAAAAAAAUCAAGAAAAGAAAAUGUUUUCAUCCAAAAACAAUCUCCAGCAUAUUCAAUUAUCAAAACAAUUAAAACAGACUGGAAGUUCAAAUGGGACUGGCUUAUACUAUGGUCAGAUGAAACCAAAAAAUGAGCAGUGUGAUGGCUAGCUUGUUCCUAGACACGGUUCUAAUAACUUUUACCUGAGAAGAUAUUGCUGCUUCAUUUCGGAAGAUUAACUUUUCCCUUCUUUAUUCUUCAUAACCCAAGUAAAACAGUUGCUGGUCCACAUCUGAUAGUAGGAAGAAAUAUCAUGAUAGUCACCAGCAACUGUUUGGUUACCCACAUUCUUCAAAAUAACAUUUAUGUUCAGCAGAAGAAAUAAACUAAUUCAGGUUUAAAACAACUUCAGAGUGAGUAAAUGAUGGUAUAGAAAUAAAACACUAUGACAGAACUGACAGACACAUGAAAAUUAUUAAUUUUUGGGUGAACUACGCUAUUACUUUAAAGUUAAUAAAGCAACAAAAUACAAAGAGAAAAAUCACUCGCUACUCUUGACUGAAAAGCUUGUGUCUGUUUUACUUGUAUAUUAUGUGAAUUUGUAAUGUGUAUCUUGGUUCUGGUUUUGUUUAAUAACAAAGAUAAAAUAAUGAUAUUUUAAUAAAGAUAAUAGCAUUUUCAAUAAGAUUUUUAUAAUAAUAAAUAUUUUAUCUCGCCCAAUUUGGCCUAAAUAUCUGCUAUUCUUUGUUAUACUUUGUUACCUUAAAAU